CAGGGAGAAGUAUCGAAAUCGAUUCAUCAGUACAUACAGAGGAGAGAAAGUAUCAAAAUGACAAGAAGGAGCUCAAAGAUGGUUUGAUUGAAUUCUACAAAACGAGACACAGUAAAGUUUUCCUGUCGCCCUUUCCGAAGAAAAUGACACACCUUUGGCUUCUUUCUACAUAAGACCUGAAUUGAACUUAAUAAUCUCAGCAAAGACGAGAAAUUGUGAAAAAGUACCAGUCAAAUCGUUAUCGGCGAUAUUUAAAACCGGAAAUCAAGCUCACCGAGAAAUACAUGUUAUUGCUGAUGCUGGCCUCGGAAAAACUGCAUUUUCAAACUAUCUGGCGAACACGUGGUGUCAAGUUCAUUUCCCAGAUGAAAACAUGACUCAAUUCUUUGAAAAUGAUGAUACUGUAUGCAGGGAUUCGAUUUCUUAUUUCUGGUCUUACUGCGAGAUUCGAACGAUUUAUGUUCUAUAGAUGAUCUCAUAUUUAAAAAGAUUGUUUCAAAUUUGGGUCUACAAGAAAAGCCUUCCGAGAAUUUUCUCCUUAAAAUUUUGAAAAAUGAGAAAUGCCUCGUUAUACUUGAUGGGCUAGAUGAAUGGACCCACCCCGAAAAGGAAUGCCACAGAUCUGCGCGAUCAAUGCCCCAUAGGAAUGACCGAGAAAAGUGUACAAUACUGACCACUACGCGACCAUGGAAAUUAAGGGUUUUGAAUCUAAAUUCGUGUCAAAUAGGAAAAAAGGUAGAACUUACAAAACUAAGUUACGACUCAGCAGUCACGCUUACAGAAAGGAUAUUACAAAGAUUGAAAUCUCAUCCGAAUAAGGAUGCAUUACAAAGUGAUGUCACAGCGUUCAUAUCAGGUAUCGAAAGCAGACAAAACGACGAACUUACUUGUGUGCCUCUCCUUUUGAUAUAUACAAUUUGUUUAUGGUGUGACGGUGUUCUAAUAGAAAACUCAAAAUAUAAACUUUAUAUAAAUAUAGUAGAACUGCUCUUAUCAAGAACGAUUCAGAAGCAUGGGGAUCUUCAACAAUUGUGUGACCUUUCUGAUAGUGAUAUCCCAGAAUGCCUCGCUGAAUAUGAAAACUGUACGAAAUACUACCCACUCCUGAUGUGUUUAGGGAAAUUAGCUUAUUAUACGUUAUUCAAUGAAACAAGAGAAAACACACUAGUAUUUGAUGGAUCAGUUGCUAGAAAAUAUCUUUCAAUAGACGAAAUAAAAUUCAUCCUUCACUCAGGAAUGUUGUCAGAAAGCACAACAAAAACACUAACAAAAAAGAAUAGUAAAGUAUCAUUUUGCCACAAAACAGUUCAGGAAUUCUUUGCCGCAAUAUUGAUAAGUUCUGAAAAUGAGGCUCAGAAAACUGUUCUAGAAAAAUGUAGAACUAAUCAAGAUAUUCUAGACAUGUCAAAAAUCUAUGAAUUUAUAAGUGAAAUGAAUGCUGAUUGGAUGUGUGUGAUAUCAAAUGAUUUGAUGUCUGUGAUAAAUGAAGACGAAAUAACACGCAACUAUAGAACUAGGACAGGUGUCGAGUACAGUAACCCAUUGUAUAACAUACAGAAACUGUUCAUGUCGUGUUUACAAGAAAUGCCUGAAAGUGAAAAUAUUCAAUUAUGUUUACAAGAUUUCUUCAUUGACGGGAGCACCGUGCACAGUGAGCGGUUACAAUGUUUGUUAAAACAAAAUAAAACCAACAUAAAAUCGCUUUAUAUAAACACCAGCCGUACUUCUAGCAGUUUACGUGAAAUUAUAGAUUUAUUCUCCCUCGUAGAUCUCAGUCAUAUACAGAAAUUUUACUAUGAGGAUGACGAGGAGAAGGAGGUUGAGUUAAAUCGGAUAAUUUUUCCCAGUUUACAGUACGUAACUUUGAUGACUGGUAAAUGGACAAAUGAUGACGAAAACCUGAUUGAAAAUUUGGCGCGAGUACAAAACUUACAAUACUUACUU